CUCCAGUCCUCUCAUGACAUCCUCACCCUCAACUGAAAACUCCCUCUCGAGCUCUGCUACUUCACUCUCAACACCGCAACAGCGAGUUGACUCCAUCGCCCACCACCUGACCAACUCCACCGUCGCCAGCAUGUCUGCACCAGAGCCUGUCGGAGACUUCGGUCUCAUCGGCCUUGCGGUCAUGGGUCAAAACCUCAUCCUCAAUGCCGCCGAUCACGGAUUCACCGUCGUCGCAUUCAACCGUACCGUCGCCAAGGUCGAUCGCUUCCUCGAGAACGAAGCCAAGGGCAAGAGCAUUGUGGGCGCACACAGCAUCAGCGAGUUCGUGUCGAAGCUGAAGAAGCCACGCCGUAUGAUGCUUCUCGUCAUGGCCGGCAAGCCUGUCGACGACUUCAUCGAGGUCCUGCUCCAGGGUGGUGUCGAGGAGGGUGAUAUCAUUAUUGAUGGUGGUAACUCGCAUUUCCCAGACACCAACCGCCGAACCAAGUACCUCAAGGCCAAGGGCAUCCGCUUCGUCGGAUCCGGUGUCUCUGGUGGUGAGGAGGGUGCCCGAUACGGCCCUUCGAUCAUGCCUGGUGGUAACGAGGAGGCAUGGCCAUACAUCAAGGAUGUUCUUCAGAGCAUUUCUGCCAAGUCCGAUGGCGAGGCGUGCUGCCAAUGGGUUGGUGACGAAGGUGCGGGCCACUACGUCAAGAUGGUGCACAACGGUAUCGAGUAUGGUGACAUGCAGCUUAUUUGCGAGGCCUACGACAUCAUGAAGCGCGGUCUCGGCAUGACCGGUAAGGAGAUGGCAGAUGUCCUGGCCGAGUGGAACAAGGGCGUCCUCGACUCCUUCUUGAUCGAGAUCACUCGAGAUAUCCUCUACUUUAACGACGACGAUGGAACGACUCUCGUGGAGAAGAUCAUGGACUCUGCUGGUCAAAAGGGUACCGGCAAGUGGACCGCCAUCAACGCCCUCGAUAUGGGACAGCCCGUCACUCUGAUUGGUGAGGCUGUAUUCGCAAGAUGUUUGUCUUCGCUCAAGGGCGAGCGUACUCGUGCCAGCGAGAAGCUCACUGGCCCUACACCAAAGUUCGAGGGCGACAAGAAGCAAUUCCUUGCCAACCUUGAGCAAGCUCUCUAUGCUUCCAAGAUCAUUUCCUACGCACAGGGCUUCAUGCUGAUGCAGAGCGCUGCCAAGGAGUACGGCUGGAAGCUUCAGAAGCCAGAGAUUGCCCUCAUGUGGCGAGGUGGCUGCAUCAUCCGCUCCGUGUUCUUGAAGGACAUCACCAAGGCAUACCGCUCGAACCCUGACCUCGAGAACUUGCUCUUUGACGACUUCUUCAACAAGGCCAUCCACAACGCACAGGAUGGCUGGAGAGAUGUCGUCUCCAAGGGAGCCCUUUGGGGUAUCCCCACGCCCGCCUUCUCCACCGCCCUCUCCUUCUUCGAUGGCUUCAGAACAAAGGACCUCCCCGCCAACCUUCUCCAGGCUCAGCGUGAUUACUUUGGUGCCCACACGUUCCGCAUCAAGCCCGAGCACGCCAGCGAGAAGUAUCCCGAGGGCAAGGACAUUCACGUGAACUGGACUGGACGUGGUGGUGAUGUGUCUGCGUCGACGUACAAUGCUUAAAUCGUCUCUGGUCCGCGCGCGCGUAUUUGCUGCUAUCCCUCGUGACGGCCUUUUUUUUGCUUUUGCGGCCCUCCACUCUGGCGCCGCUGUGCUACAAUUCUGCAAUUUAGCCAAAAGCGGCGUCUUUUCUGAUGAUGUGGCCGAGAGUCGAUGGAAAGAAGGUAUUAGUCAUCAUGAAUAGAACGAGCUGCACGUACAUAGUCUACGUUACCAAUGAGAAGAAGUGUCAGAUGAUUUU